UAUCUGCCCGAGGGUCAGCCCUGUUACCUGUUGGAUAUUGGAUGUGGUUCUGGGCUGAGUGGAGAUUAUCUCUCGGAUGAGGGGCACUAUUGGGUGGGCAUCGACAUCAGCCCUGCCAUGCUGGAUGCGGCCUUGGACCGAGACACUGAGGGAGACUUGCUUCUGGGGGACAUGGGCCAGGGCAUUCCCUUCAAACCAGGCACCUUUGAUGGUUGUAUCAGCAUUUCUGCUGUCCAGUGGCUCUGUAAUGCAAAUAAGAAGUCUGACAUCCCUGCCAAGCGCCUAUACUGCUUUUUUUCUUCUCUUUACUCUGUGCUGGUCCGUGGAGCCCGGGCUGUCCUGCAGCUGUAUCCUGAGAACUCUGAGCAGUUGGAGCUGAUCACGAUCCAGGCCACCAAGGCUGGCUUCACUGGUGGAGUGGUGGUGGAUUUCCCCAACAGCGCCAAGGCAAAGAAGUUCUACCUCUGUUUGUUUUCUGGGCCUUCGACCUUUCUGCCAAAGGCCCUGACCGAAACUACCGAUGAAGAGGAGGCCACGGAGUCUGCGUUCACGAGUGAGAGGAUCCAGCGCAGGAUGGCGAGGCAGUACAGAUAG